AUGGCGACGGAGAAGGCGCGGCAGCUCCUGGCCCGCCUCGCCGCCACCCCGGACGCCGCCGUUCCUAACCUCCCCUUCCUCCACCGCGCACUCCUCCUCCCUCUCCUCUCCGCCGCCUCCGCCCUCCUACGCCUCCCCGUCAUCCUCUCCUCCUCUCCGCUACGCUCGCGACGGACCCUACCGGUCCCCGUCAUCAGCGUAGGAAACCUCACCUGGGGCGGCAACGGAAAGACACCCAUGGUCGACUUCCUGGCCCGCAGGUUUCACAGUAUGGGCAUCUCGCCACUCAUCCUAACAAGGGGUUAUGCGGGUGGCGAUGAAUCUAAGAUGCUCCGGAGGCGCCUUGCUGAUACUUCCACCAAGAUUGGUGUUGGCGCAAACCGGGCUGCCGUGGGUUCUUCCAUGUUGCAAAAGUAUGGCCAUGUCGAUCCUUGUGAUGCCUUCCGCCGGGAGAAGUUAGGGUGCAACCGGGUGGCAAGCGGUAAAAGUGCGAAAAUUGGAGUCGCUAUACUGGAUGACGGAAUGCAGCACCGGAGUCUGCUUCGAGAUGUGGAGAUUGUGAUGGUCAAUGGGUUGACACCUUGGGGAAAUACUCAUUUCAUUCCACGAGGACCCAUGAGGGAACCGUUGAGCGCACUUACUCGAGCUGAUAUAGUGGUUAUUCAUCAUGCGGAUCUGGCUUGUGAAGCGCAGCUGGAAACAAUUGCACGUACAGUCCAGGAUAGUGGCACAACAUGUUCAGUGUUCUUUAGUAAAUUGGCCCCAUCACAUAUUUUCGAGGUUCAUCAACCAUUACAGAAAAUAUCUCUUAAUGUGUUGGGUGGCAUGAUUGUGCUAUGUGUUUCUGCGAUUGGCUGCCCAGAUGCUUUCAUACAUACAGUCAGAGAGAUUGGUCCACUUAAUGUUGAUAGGUUGGAUUUCAGUGAUCAUCAUUUCUUCAAUGAUUAUGACCUAGAAUUAAUCCAAGAAAGAGUGAGGCAGCUUGUGGAUCAACAUAACAAAGAGACCGUAGUCUUAGUUACUGAGAAGGAUUACGACCGUGAUCCAGAUGUCCUUAGAAUGUUGGGCGUGAAGGUUUGGGUUCUGUCUUCUUCUUUGCAAAUUAUGGCCCUCAAGGAACAAGGAGAAGAUGAAUUGCUGAGGAAAUUAAAAGACAUUAUCACAGCAACUAGGCAUGUGGUCCAGCCAUGA